GCUCUCCUGCUCCCGAGCUAUGGGUGCUGCAGGGGCUGGGGCAGAGCCGUGACCUUUCCUGGGGUGCUGGAGGAGGAAGAGUGGAUUACGCUGUGAACUUCUGGCUCGCAGCCAGUGCCCUUGCGGAAAAAAUAAAUCACCUGGAUAUCCGUGCGUGGUGGGAACAGCUUCCUUGGAGCUGGUGUUCGCCUCGCCAAAAUGGCUCACGCAGCCGCUUCCAUCAAAAAAGUUCGAGAGUCUGAAAUCGAAGAGAGGGAGAGAAACCUUGAGAAGGAAAGGAAAAGACAGCGGAAAAUCUCUAGGGCAGAUCGGAAACGCAAGUCUGACAGCAAUGCAAGCUUUCUCCGAGCUGCCAGAGCUGGCAAUUUGGACAAAGUAGUGGAAUACCUGAAAAGUGGAAUAGACAUUAACACCUGUAAUCAGAAUGGACUCAAUGCUCUGCACCUGGCAGCCAAAGAGGGCCACGUGGGACUGGUACAGGAAUUGCUGGAAAGAGGCUCGGCUGUGGAUUCUGCCACUAAGAAAGGGAAUACAGCCCUGCACAUCGCAUCCUUAGCAGGACAAGCUGAAGUUGUCAAAGUUCUGGUGAAGGAAGGAGCCAAUAUUAAUGCACAAUCUCAGAAUGGCUUUACUCCUUUGUACAUGGCAGCUCAAGAGAACCACAUUGAGGUGGUGAAAUAUCUCCUGGAGAAUGGAGCCAACCAAAGCACAGCUACCGAGGACGGUUUCACCCCUCUGGCUGUGGCACUGCAGCAGGGACACAACCAGGCGGUGGCCAUCCUGCUGGAGAACGACACCAAGGGCAAGGUGAGGCUGCCGGCGCUGCACAUCGCCGCCAGGAAGGACGACACCAAGUCGGCGGCGCUGCUGCUGCAGAAUGACCACAACGCCGACGUGCAGUCCAAGAUGAUGGUGAAUAGGACGACUGAGAGCGGCUUCACCCCUCUGCACAUCGCCGCACACUACGGCAAUGUCAACGUGGCCACGCUGCUGCUGAACCGCGGAGCCGCAGUCGACUUCACAGCCAGGAAUGGAAUCACCCCACUGCAUGUGGCUUCCAAAAGGGGAAACACAAACAUGGUGAAGCUCUUGUUGGAUCGCGGAGGGCAGAUCGAUGCCAAAACCAGGGAUGGACUCACCCCACUGCACUGUGCAGCACGAAGUGGCCAUGACCAGGUUGUGGAGCUGCUGCUGGAGCGAGGUGCCCCACUGCUCGCACGGACCAAGAAUGGACUGUCCCCACUCCACAUGGCAGCCCAGGGGGACCACGUGGAAUGUGUCAAGCACCUGCUGCAGCACAAGGCUCCUGUGGAUGAUGUGACUCUGGACUACCUGACUGCCCUGCAUGUGGCCGCUCACUGCGGCCACUACCGUGUCACCAAACUCCUGCUGGACAAGAGAGCCAACCCCAACGCCCGUGCCCUGAAUGGUUUUACUCCACUGCACAUUGCCUGCAAGAAAAAUCGCAUCAAAGUCAUGGAACUCCUGGUGAAAUAUGGGGCUUCAAUCCAGGCUAUAACAGAGUCGGGCCUCACCCCAAUACACGUGGCUGCAUUUAUGGGCCACUUGAACAUAGUCCUCCUUCUGCUGCAGAACGGAGCCUCUCCCGAUGUCACUAACAUUCGUGGAGAAACUGCAUUGCACAUGGCAGCACGUGCUGGGCAGGUGGAAGUGGUUCGCUGCCUCCUGAGGAACGGGGCCCUGGUUGAUGCCCGAGCCAGGGAAGAACAGACCCCAUUGCACAUUGCCUCUCGCCUGGGCAAGACAGAGAUUGUGCAGCUGCUGCUUCAGCACAUGGCCCACCCUGAUGCUGCCACCACCAAUGGCUACACCCCCCUGCACAUCUCUGCCCGUGAGGGGCAGCUGGACGUCGCCUCCGUGCUCCUCGAGGCAGGCGCCUCACACUCCAUGUCCACCAAGAAGGGAUUUACACCUUUGCAUGUGGCAGCCAAAUAUGGGAGCCUGGAAGUGGCAAAGCUCCUGCUGCAGCGUCGUGCCUCUCCUGAUUCUGCUGGCAAGAAUGGAUACACCCCUCUGCAUAUCGCUGCCAAGAAAAACCAGAUGCAGAUAGCUACCACUCUGCUGAACUACGGGGCUGAGACCAACAUUUUGACCAAGCAGGGAGUCACCCCACUUCAUUUGGCCUCCCAGGAAGGUCACACCGACAUGGUGACUCUGCUUUUGGAGAAAGGAUCCAACAUCCACGUGGCAACAAAGGCUGGACUGACAUCCUUACACCUUGCAGCUCAAGAGGAUAAAGUGAAUGUAGCUGAGGUCCUCACCAAACACGGUGCAAAUCAGGAUGCUCAGACAAAGCUUGGUUAUACACCUUUAAUUGUGGCCUGUCACUAUGGAAACAUCAAAAUGGUGAAUUUUCUCCUCAAGCACGGAGCAAAUGUCAAUGCUAAAACAAAGAAUGGGUACACCCCUCUUCACCAGGCUGCUCAGCAAGGCCACACUCACAUCAUCAACGUUCUGCUGCAGCACGGGGCCAAGCCCAACGCCAUCACCACGAAUGGUAACACAGCCUUAGCCAUCGCCAGGCGCCUGGGAUACAUCUCCGUGGUCGAUACGCUGAAGGUUGUGACGGAGGAGAUCACCACCACCACAACUACUGUAACAGAGAAGCACAAGCUCAAUGUACCCGAGACAAUGACUGAGGUCCUGGAUGUGUCAGAUGAAGAAGGUGAUGACACAAUGACAGGAGAUGGCGGGGAGUACCUCAGGCCAGAAGACCUCCGGGAGCUGGGAGAUGACUCUUUGCCAAGCAGCCAGUUCUUAGAUGGAAUGAACUACCUGAGGUACAGCUUGGAAGGAGGACGCUCAGACAGCAUCAUGCCCAGCCUGCGGUCCUUCAGUUCCGACAGGUCCCACACGCUGAGCCACGCCUCCUACCUGCGCGACAGCGCCAUGAUCGACGACACCGUGCUCAUCCCCAGCCAGCAGGUAACAACCCUGGCCAAAGAAGCAGAAAGGAAUUCAUAUCGUUUAAGCUUGGGCCCUGAAAUCUUGGACAAUGUGGCUCUUUCUUCCAGCCCUAUUCAUUCAGGCUGCAUUUCUGCAAAAAAGGAGGCUGGAUCCUUGCUAACAAGAUGCUCUUCUCCAUGUCUUGAUCUUGACAACAGCAGCUUCCUGGUGAGUUUCAUGGUGGAUGCUCGCGGCGGCGCCAUGCGGGGCUGCCGGCACAACGGGCUGCGCAUCAUCAUCCCCCCGCGCAAGUGCACGGCGCCGACGCGCGUGACGUGCCGCCUGGUGAAGCGCCACAGGCUGGCCACCAUGCCGCCCAUGGUGGAGGGAGAAGGGCUGGCCAGCCGCCUCAUCGAAGUGGGACCCUCUGGGGCUCAGUUCCUUGGUAAACUUCAUCUGCCUACGGCUCCUCCCCCACUUAAUGAGGGAGAAAGCUUGGUCAGCCGAAUCCUUCAGCUGGGGCCUCCUGGGACCAAAUUCCUUGGGCCCGUGAUUGUGGAGAUUCCCCAUUUUGCUGCCCUGCGUGGGAAGGAGAGAGAGCUGGUGAUCCUGCGCAGUGAGAACGGGGACAGCUGGAAGGAGCAUUUCUGUGAAUACACUGAGGAUGAGCUGAACGAAAUCCUGAAUGGGAUGGAUGAAGUACUUGACACUCCAGAGGAGCUUGAGAAGAAGCGCAUCUGCCGCAUCAUCACCCGGGAUUUCCCUCAGUACUUCGCAGUGGUGUCCCGGAUCAAACAGGACAGCAACCUGAUCGGGCCCGAGGGAGGGGUGCUGAGCAGCACCGUGGUCCCACAGGUGCAGGCAGUCUUCCCAGAAGGUGCACUCACCAAGAGAAUUCGUGUUGGCCUCCAGGCUCAACCUAUGCACACUGAACUUACAAAGAAGAUUUUGGGCAACAAGGCUACCUUCAGCCCCAUAGUCACACUGGAGCCCAGGAGGAGGAAAUUCCACAAGCCCAUCACGAUGACGAUCCCCGUGCCCAAGGCCUCCAGCGAUGGGCUCAUGAACGGUUAUGGAGGAGACACGCCCACUCUGAGGUUACUAUGCAGCAUAACAGGAGGAACCACCCCUGCCCAAUGGGAAGACAUCACUGGGACAACACCACUGACAUUUGUUAAUGAAUGUGUUUCCUUCACAACAAACGUGUCUGCCAGAUUUUGGUUGAUAGACUGUCGUCAGACGCAAGAAUCUGUUACCUUUGCUUCCCAAGUGUACAGAGAAAUUAUCUGUGUCCCCUACAUGGCCAAAUUUGUGGUGUUUGCCAAAUCCCAUGAUCCCAUUGAAGCACGGUUAAGAUGUUUCUGCAUGACGGAUGACAAGGUGGAUAAAACUCUAGAACAACAAGAAAACUUUGCUGAAGUUGCCAGAAGCAGGGAUGUAGAGGUAUUAGAAGGAAAACCCAUCUACGUUGACUGCUUUGGCAAUUUGGUGCCUCUCACAAAGAGUGGUCAACACCAUAUAUUCAGUUUCUUUGCCUUCAAAGAGAAUAGACUUCCUCUAUUUGUUAAGGUCCGAGAUAGCACUCAAGAGCCCUGUGGACGAUUAUCAUUCAUGAAGGAGCCAAAAUCUACCAGGGGCCUCGUUCAUCAAGCCAUAUGUAAUUUAAACAUCACUUUACCCAUUUACACAAAGGAAUCAGAUUCAGAUCCAGAACCAGAAGAGGUUGAUAUGACUUCAGAAAAAAAUGACGAGACAGAAUCUACAGAAACAUCUGUCCUGAAAAGCCAUCUGGUUAAUGAAGUCCCUGUACUAGCCAGUCCAGACCUGUUGUCUGAAGUUUCUGAGAUGAAACAAGAUCUGAUCAAAAUGACUGCCAUCUUGACAAAUGACCCUUCCGAUAAAUCAGGCUCCAUUAAAGUGAAAGAUCUUGAAAAGUCUGCUGAAGAAGAGCCAGGAGAACCUUUUGAAAUAGUUGAAAGAGUGAAAGAGGACUUAGAAAAAGUAAAUGAAAUUCUGAGAGGCGGAUCCUACACCAGAGAAGAACAUGUUUUGCAGAAGUCCCUUUCCAGGCAAGAGCCCUUAGAAGAAGAAUGGAUCAUUGUCAGUGAUGAAGAGAUUGAAGAGGCCCGGAGAAAUGCUCCAUCAGAAGUCACAGAGCCGAGCCAUGUAGAAGUCAAAGCAGACAAAGGGACAACAAAAAAGGGGGAGCUGGACAUGACAGGAAGAGUGGCUUCCCUUGCAGGGGAUUUAAAAACAUCCAUUUCUCUUCAUGAGGGACAGCCACAGGCCUUACAAGAGGAGGUAGUAGAAGAGAAAGUCAAAACUGUAGUAGUAAGCAAGGAUUCUGAAAAAAAAGGAAAAGAAUCUCCAAAAACUGGGAAACCAAGCUCGCAGGAGCAACAGAAGGCAGCCUCAGAAGUUAAAAAGCCCAUUAGGGCAAAAUUAAGAGAAAAGCCAAAGCUGAAGGAAGGCAAGGUGCACAGCAGCGGAGAGAAGCUGAAGCUGCCUAAGCUCACUGCAGAUGAGGCACCAGCUGGGGAGCCUGGCCUAAAGGUGACAGGUGCUCCAGAGCCUAAAGCCGUGUCCCCUGUUAUCGAGGAAACUCCCAUUGGCUCAAUAAAAGAUAAAGUGAAAGCCCUUCAGAAACGAGUGGAAGAUGAGCAAAAAGUACGGUCAAAACUGCCCGUCAGGGUUCAGGCAAAAGAAGGCCCUGCAGAAAAGGCGCCUAAGAAACCGGCGCCAGUCAAAAAGCCAGUAGCACACAAAACCCAGCCGCCCGUCUCACCUUCUUCUAAGACAGAGAGACUCGAAGAGACCAUGUCCGUCAAGGAACUGAUGAAAGCCUUCCAGUCAGGGCAAGACCCAUCCAAGAACAUUUCUGGACUCUUUGAGCACAAAUCUGUCAAACAGAAACAACAGGCCCCUGAGAAGGAAACUCCCCGCAAGAAAACAAUUCCUUCGCAGAGUGAAACGAGGCGAGUGUCAAACCUCAAGACAGACAAACAGAAGGACAAACCAAGCACAGUGUCCAAAGCAGAGAAAGAACCACAAUCAAAGAAAGGAAAAACGCAAACCAUCGAAACUGCCAAGAAAGCUGGUGGCAAAGACCAAGUCAAAGAGCAGAGCAGCAAAAAGCCAGCCGAACCUCUCCCUCCGGUAAUAGUUGCUGAAAGUGCUAAAGAAACAGCGGCUGGGAAGGGCAGGACUUGUGAGGAUCAGGGAGAUCCUGACUUCCAGAUUAGCCCUGACAGGAAAACCUCAACAGACUUUUCUGAUGUCAUUAAAGAAGAACUGGAGGAUAAUGACAAAUACCAACAGUUCCGACACCUCUCAGUGACGGAGGAGGGAGAGCUUAACUUGGAGCAGGUACUGACCAGUCCUUUCGGUGCUGCUUUUCCCACAGAGUACGGGAAAGACGAAUUCCUUCCUGCUCUUUCUCUGCAAAGUGCUGCUCUUGAUGGGAGCUCAGAGAGCCUUAAACACGAAGGUGUGGCUGACUCUCCGGGCAGCCUACUUGAUGGAACCCCUCAGAUCAGCUCGGAGGAAAGUUACAAGCAUGAGGGUCUGGCAGAGACUCCUGAAACAAGCCCAGAAAGCCUUUCAUUCUCACCAAAGAAAACCGAUGGGCAAAUUGAAGACGCUAAAGGAGCAGCUCAAGUACACACAACAGCAGAAACACGUUCUACGAAGGAACUCGCCUCAGAGGAAGAUGAAAAAGGUAUUGCUGAGAGGCAGCUAGAUGCUGUUACCGAGACUAGGGAGUCUCAUUCUGACCAUGUAUCAGAAGAGCAUGUACCUCCAGCCUCUGAAGAAGAGGCUGAUAAAGACAGUAGCUCAGCUUCCAUUGUGAAAGAUAUUAGCAGGGAUAAAGAAUCCAGAACCACUGCACAUUUCCCCAAGUCUUCUGAAACACAUGACACUGCUUUAGAGAAAGAAAAAGAUGUAGCCUGUGAACGCCGUCUUACAGUUAGAAGUCCCCAGAAAUUGGAACUUUCACUUGCUAGCCAUGAUAGUGAAGGCUUUAGCCCAGUUGCAGAUGACUCUUUGACUAUAAGUCAUAAAGACUCCCUGGAAGCAAGCCCAGUGCUAGAAGAUAACUCAUCACACAAAACGCCUGACUCUUUGGAGCCCAGUCCUAUGAAAGAAUCCCCCUGCCGCGAUUCCCUUGAAAGCAGCCCCGUAGAACCAACAGUGAAGGCUUGUCUUUUGGGGCAGGGUCCUCUUCCAUCUGCUCUUAGCAAAGCAGAAGCCUGCCCAGAGCUGGCAUCGGUGCGUUCCAGGAUUCUCCGUGACCCUGAGGGAAGUGCUGAUGAUGACAGUCUGGAGCAAACAUCCCUCAUGGAGAGUUCAGGGAAAAGCCCCGUUUCCCCUGAAACUCCUAGUUCAGAAGAAAUUAGCUAUGAAAUCACACCUAAAAUGGCAGACAUACCGAAGUCAGCCACCAUCCCUGAAGUCAACGAAGAACCUGAGGAUGAUUCGGAAAGUGAACCGAAGAAGAGAUUCACCCCCGAAGAAGAGAUGUUUAAAAUGGUGACCAAAAUCAAAAUGUUUGAUGAAUUGGAACAGGAAGCAAAACAGAAGAGAGAUUAUAAAAAGAGUUGUAAGCAAGAUGACUUUUCUGCGGUUGCCAACUCGGAAGCCUCACGUGAGGCUGAAGCAUCAGAACCAACCGCUGUAGUAGAAAAAGGCAUACCCACUGUGGUGACACCUGCUGCUGAAUCUAGGAAGAGUUCUUCCUCUUCUGAAAGUGAGCCGGAAUUGACUCGGCUCAAGAAAGAAGCCGACUCGGGCCUCUUAAUGGAGCCUGUGAUCCGAGUGCAGCCACCCUCACCUUUACCAUCUAGUAUUGACUCCAGCUCUAGCCCUGACGAAGCAGGUUUCCACCCCAUUGAUUCCCAGCCAUGCUCUGUCGGGAGAGGCGAGGUUAAAGCACAAGGCAGAGGUGACAAAGAGGAGCCGCUUAUCCUUGAGCGCAGCUGUAGGCCUUCCACAGGCACUUGUCCUUCAGACGGCUGCGCGUCAGCAGAAGGUGCAGAAUCAAAAUGUUGUGAUGGUACAGGUGACUGUGAGAUGGCCAGUCCCGACGCCCUGGUCACACGAUCUGGGUGUACGCCCCGUCACUCCAUUGGUGAUGGUUCUCAAAAAGAGUUUCACACUGAGUCUUCACUAACAAUGGGGCAGUGGGAUGCUACUGAAAAAGGUGACAAGCCCGCAGCCCCGUUAGCUCACAGUGAUCUCAUUUCUACGGGAGCUGUGUCAGAGGAGGCAGAUGGUCUUUCUCACGGACACGGUACCACUGAGUACUCUGUUCCACAUGACAGCAAACUGGCCGAAGGUGACACCGCUGACUGUUCUGCUUCAGCAAGGGAUUUGGGAAAAGCAGAUACAGGUUGUGAGACAUCUCACAGGGCUGGUUGUGCUGAGGAACCUUUACCAGAGUAUUCGUCCCUAACCACUGGCACAGUGGAACUCGACAGCUGUGCAGCAGAUGCUGCUGACGGUAGUGCUCCAUAUAUAGUGAGCCCUUACGAAAAUGUGUCUUCUGGACAUUUCUUCAUUGACUCUGAAAGUGAGGUAGGAUCUGGUAGAAGUCUGCUAUCUAGGGAAACCUGUUCUAUUGCAGAAGGGAAAGAUCAGGCUGGUGAAACUUCGCUUAGCAGAGACACAGGCAGCGAAUGUUGCUCUUCAGAGGAAGUGUAUAUGGAAAUAGAGCCAAAACCGGAGGAUGGAUUUCAGACGAUGUCACAAGGGUCUCCGACCUCAGAUUCAACAAAAUUAUCUGAAUCUACCCUUGAGGAUAUAAGAGAUGAAACAGAGAAAUUGACGAGUCAGGUUGUCAUCACUAGAACUGAUGUGGAUUCUGACAUGUGGAGUGAAAUACGUGAAGACGAUGAAGCUUUUGAAGCUCGCGUGAAAGAAGAGGAACAAAAGAUAUUUGGGUUGAUGGUAGACAGGCGAUCCCAAGGCACAACUCCUGACACAACACCGGCCAGGACACCCACCGAAGAAGGGACGCCACUCAGUGAACAAAAUCCUUUUCUUUUUCAGGAGGGCAAGUUGUUUGAGAUGACUAGAAGUGGAGCUAUUGACAUGACCAAAAGGAACUACCCAGAUGAAAGCUUUCACUUCUUCCAGGUGGGGCAGGAGCCUCAGGAAGCCUCUUCUUCAUGUGAAGAAGUGAAAGAAGCAGCAGAGGGAGAAUCUUCAAAGGGCUUACCAGACCCAUUUGCACCUUCGGAGUCAGAGGAGUCAGACAUGCAAGAGCAAGAUGCAUUGAAAUAUUCACCCUCCUCACCCGAGCCUAGUGAUAGAUCUGAAGAAAUGACGGAUGAAGGUGCCAGUGCAGACAGUGCAAAAGCAGAUCUUAAAUCCAGAAUUCCAAUUAAAAUGGGUAUUUCAGCUUCUUCAAAAUCACCAAAGAAAGAAACCGCUGCCUCUGAAGCUGAGCCCCUCUCCAGAACGGAGGCCAACAGGGUCGAUAGCAGUCAGGUGCCUUGCCCCAUCUCUCCUGAGCAGUGUGUGGUAGAAGAGGAGUUAGGUUUUUCCAAAGUCACUCGAUUGGUUAGUUCUGAACAGGGUGAGGAGUCCCCAGACUCUUCCCCCGAGGAACAGAGAUCUGUGAUUGAAAUCCCUACUGCUCUAAUGGAGAGCGUGCCUUCUUGUGAAAGCAAAUCCAAAAUCCCUGUAAGAACAGCUGCUGCUGCAUUGCAAUCCCCACAACAGUUGGAAAGUGAGAGCCUUUCUCUGGACGACUUCCUGGACAGUUCACAGUGUGAAGGAAAAGAUGACCAAGCAAAACCAAAGUCAAAAAUUCCCGUGAAAGCCGCUUCCCAAAAAGCCGAACCACAACACUCAUACGCAGACAUGUCCGUCUGUAAGCCGGAGUCACCCAAAGCGCUCAGCGUGAUGAGCGCGGUCCCUGCAAAACCAGACGGCCGCAGUAAAUCGGAAUCUGAUGCCAGCAGUCCCGUGGACCCAAAGACCAAACGUUCCAUCAAAGCUAGGAGCUAUGCUGAGGCAGAGGCAGAGGCCAGGGAGAGUGAGAUGAAGUUUGAGCUAGACUCAGAUGAGGCAACAACAGCAAGAUCAAAGGUAUUUUCUUCACGGUUGCCAGUUAAAAGCAGAAGCGCUACAGGCUCCCGCGUUGCUUUUAGUCCCACAAAAGAAAGUAAGGACCAUUUUUUUGAUCUUUACAAAAACUCCAUAGAGUUUUUUGAAGAAAUUAGUGACGAAGCUUCUAAAUUAGUGGAAAGACUCACGCAGUCAGAGAGAGAACAAGAAUUAGUUUCAGAUGAUGAAAGCAGUAGCGCCCUAGAAGUUUCAGUUAUUGAAAAUGUGCCAUCCAGUGACACUCAGCAGUCAGUUCCUGAAGACAUCUUUGACAUCAGACCCAUUUGGGAUGAGUCUGUAGAGACUCAGAUUGAACGUAUCCCUGAUGAAAAUGUCCAUGACCAUGCCGAAGAUCAACAGGAUGAUCAGGAAAGGACAGAGGAAAGACUGGCCCACAUCGCAGAUCAUCUUGGAUUCAGCUGGACAGAGCUAGCAAGAGAACUGGACUUCACAGAGGAGCAAAUUCACCAGAUCCGAAUUGAAAAUCCCAAUUCACUUCAAGACCAGAGCCACGCCCUCCUCAAAUACUGGCUGGAAAGGGAUGGGAAACAUGCAACAGAUACCAAUCUGACCCAGUGUCUGACAAAAAUCAACCGCAUGGACAUCGUUCACCUGAUGGAGACCAGCGGCAUAGAGCCGGUGCAGGGCCACGGCACGCGCACCUACGCGGACACGGAGCAGUCCUUGGCGUUGGACCACAGCGAAGGCUUUUCAGCACUGCAGGAGGAAGUGUACAGCUCGAGACACAAGCAAGAGCAGCAGAGAAUAUCUAAGGACGGCGAGCCAACUGAGCAUCCCCCUCUGGUGUCCGAGGAAGACGUGUCUGUCAGUUAUUCCCCGUUCCAGGACAGUACUCCCAGGAGCGAGGCAGAAGUGUCCAUGGCUGAGCUUCUGAGGCAAGCACACAAGGAACAAGUGGAAGCUGAAUUCUCAGGGAAACCCCAAGACGUGCCAGGGAAACCAUCUGCUUCGCAACAGGAAUAUUUCAUCACAACUCCAGGAACAGAGCACUCCGGGGGAGCUGCAAAAUCUGCGCGCUCGAGCACUGCAAAGGGAGAGACGCAGAGAGCGCAGCCUCUGUCCUCUGCACAGAGAGGGGACUCCCCCAUUGUCCAAGAGCCUGAGGACCCCCAGCUGCACCAGGAAAGCCUCUCUCCAAGGAGAUCCAGUCUCGUGAUAGUGGAGUCCACUGAGGAGCAGAUGGAGAAGUCUGGAAGGGGCUGUGAAGAGGAAUCUUUAGAAAAGGCUGAUAGUAUGCCUGAAAUGCCACCAGAAACAGUCACAGAGGAGCAGUACACAGAUGAACAUGGCCACACAGUGGUGAAGAAGGUGACUCGGAAGAUCAUCCGGCGAUACGUCGCUCCAGAUGGCGUGGAAAAGGAGGAAGUGCUAAUGCAGGGAACACCGCAAGCCCCCGUCAGUGUGCAAGAGGGAGAUGGUUAUUCCAAAGUGGUGAAGCGAGUUGUGCUGAAGAGUGACAGUGAGCACUCAGAGGUGACUCUGUCUGAACCUGCUGUUCUCUCUAGUGCCUCCAAAUUCCAGUCCGAACCAGUGGAGGGCCGGAAAGUCAGCAAGGUCAUAAAGACCACUGUGGUGCAUGGAGAGAGGACAGAGAAACACCUGGGGGAUGCCAGCCUGGCUUCUGAUCUUCCAUCAGCCAAAGAGGACUUUGAAGAGGACAAUACUAAGUAAAGCCAGCACACAGAAGAGGACCGUGAUGAAGGACCGCUAUGGAAAACACGUUCACAUAGAAGAGCUGGAAGACACCCCAGAAGCGCUGCCCAGGGAUGACCUCCAGCACGACCUCCAGCAGCUUCUUCGGCACUUCUGCCGCGAGGGCUGGGCACAGGAGGCCAAGUGAGAAGCUGCCGCCCCUGCACAGCGCCACGUGCCCCCGCCCCACGCGGCUGUCACCGUCCCCGGGCAGCGGAGUCCUCGCUGCCGCUCCUCCUGUGCAGCUGCAGUCAAUUCAUUUCUCCCCUCCCAAGUUUCAUUUUGUGCUGUUAUGGUUUUUCACCCUGUAAGCUAAUUUGUGACCAAAGAUAGCAUCCUUCAGGCAGGAUGAUUUAUCCGCCACAAUGGCACCCUGUCAGCGUCACCACCUGUCCCUGUCCCCUCGCUCUGGCGCUCGCUUACUGACACGGCCCCUGCCAAGCAGACUUCAUCGACAGGCCUCUUCCUCUGACUGUGUACACGCGCCGUACCAAGGAGUUACGUGUGAACUGUAAAUAGCAGAGUAUUUGAACUCGUCAGACCGCAGAACGCUCACUGCCCGUUGGCGUCGUGGGUUCCGAGUGCGCGGAGCCCGCGGAACGGUGACGCAGCACCCGGACUGCACACGCUGACUGACUGACCCAGGAGGAAGCGCUGCAGGGCUACCGAGUACCGACUUACCGCUCAGAGAUCCGGUCCAGGCAACGGCUGCCAGAGCCAGGCAAAGGCAGCUGCUCACGUGAGUCACAGCUGACCGUGCCCAUUAAUAGUGCAGACACCUUCAGGCAGCCACUGACACACGGCCCCUCCAACAGAGACAAACUCUCACACUAGGUACCCAAGCUGCUAGCAGCUCUACCUGCAGCACGUUCGCACGUGGUAUUAAAGCCGAUAGAUCUGGACCUGCGGUGGAGUGCAGUCAACAACCCUGACUCCGGUAGUUUCCAUCGCCGCUUAGCCAACCUCACCGACCGACGGGGGCGCUUCCUGCUGGCCACUGCACUGUAGAUAAUAACUACGGGAUAAAGACUUACCACUAUACAAGGAGAAUAAUUAGGUCACCAUGUUUUAUCGAGAUUGCCUCUUAGCUGAUACACGCAUGUGGCAUUUGAAGGUCAAAACCAAACCCUCCUAGAACCAUGUCAGCUUCUCGGCCCUCUUAGCACUGAGCGAGCAGUUUUUAUCUUCUGAUCGAGUGUUUUUUAAACAACGAGUGCUCACAACCCUUGGCAGCCCAUUUCUGUUAAUAUUUGUUAUGUAACUAUAUAAUAUAUAUAUUUCUAAACUGACCCUGUGAAAACCACACUAGCAUGUCUGCACUUUUAUUUUCCGAAAGGGGAACGUAGGGAUCUGAUGUUUUGGGUGUUCUAUACCUUAAUAUUUAAUGGAGGGAGCUCUGUAGGGUUCUAGCAUAACAGGCAUACACACAAACACCAACUCAAUGCUUUCAAACAGCUGUUUCAGUUUUUUAAGAGUAGUCUCAGCAGCAGAGUAAAACCAACCCUCUCCUCUAGGAGCAGUCCAAGCUUAUCUGGCCUUCGACAAUUAUAGGGGUUUUUUGUUUUUUUAAAAUGACUCACUCAGUGCUCAGAACAAGGGCACUUCCUCAUUAAGGUAAUGAUGCCAAAAGCAUGGAAACAUCUCUGGAGUUCUGGUUUCCUGUGAGCAGAUCCACUGAGAUGCCAUGCUGACACUUUUUGGGCAGGCAAGAAAGGAAACUAAAAGAAAAAAGUGUUUUGGCAGCCAAACCGAAUGAGACCCGUGAUGAAACAUCUCACAGCGUAUCGUGGCUUCCUGACUGUCCCAGACAGCACAGGAGGAUCUUCAAGGAUGGGGCUCUCAAGAAAUUUCUGUUGUGUUAUUUGCGGUGCAGAUGAUGUUCUGUGUAACAGCAUAAUGGUUAUUCACCUCUUAUUUUGAUUUUUUGCUGUGUUAUCAGAGAACUUGAAUACUGUGAGAAGAAGUGAAUUUUAAGUUGACGAAUCAGCAUCUUGUUCCCAUGGUGAUAACACUAAUUGAAUAUAUCUAUGAGGGCAUGUAUUAGUUAAAAAUUAAAAAGAUACAACACUAACAAUACAUAGCUGCAAUGUGUACAAUGGCUGAUUUAACUAAAUAAAAAUGUACAAGUGUUAAAUGUA